AUGGCACAACCCAAGAUCCGGUUUGACAGAGAUAGUUAUCUAUGGUAUGACGGAGUGAAAGCCAGUUUCAUAGGCUCUGGAACCAAUGGACAAGUCUGGCAAGUACACAAAAGGAUUAAAGGGGCCAUGUACACAAAAGUAGUGAAAGUAGUUGAUCCAGUGUUAGGAAGGAAAGAAUACGAGUUAGUUCGUUGGUUUGCCAAAGAUCCUUCAUUACAUGAGAAUAUUAUACAACUAUAUGGUUGUAUAGACAAUCCUCCUUAUUUCUGUUUUGAAUAUGAGUUUAUUGAGACUGACUUGCACUGUGCAACAUCUGAAAUCUGGAGCAGUGGUUCAGACCUUAGUGAUCCAACAAUUGCUUCAAUUGUAUUAAAAAUUCUACAUGGCCUACAAUAUAUGCAUGACAAAGGUUUUGUCCAUGGUGACUUAAAACAAAACAAUGUCCUAGUGUCUAGGGAUUUUAGGAUUGUUAAGCUAACUGAUUUUGGAGCAACACGCGAAGUCAAACCUUGUGAGAGGGUUCUUAUAUCAGGAGUUUACACCGCAUAUCCGUAUGCUGCACCUGAAGUUUUCAAACGUGAGAUGACUUAUACAUCAGAUAUAUUUUCUUUUGCUGUGAUAUGCUAUAAUUUGUGGUCUAAAACUGAAGAUGGUAUACAAUUCCCCUUUUAUCCAGUUGAUUGGAAGACCUACAGUCAAAUACGUCAGCAUAUAGCUAGAAGAAGGGCUCGUGAAGAUAUGAAAGAAUCAAAGGAAUGCAGGAAUAAAGAUCAAAAAGCUUUGGAUAAGAUUUUUAAAGAGAAAAUGUUCUGGUUUUAUUUAGAAGAAUUGGAAAUGCCUUUAUGGAAGGAUCCUUUGCGUCCUAAAAACCCAAAUUCUCUGUUAAAUAAGGAAAAAGCUGCAUUUGAAUUUCUUAAGAAGUGCCUAAAACCAAACUACAAGGAGAGAUUGACAGCGUCUGAUGCAAUACAGUGUGGUUUAUAUCUACUCCACCUAGAGACCAUCAUCAACACAGUCAACCUGAGCAAAGCCACCGAAGGCAACGCCAUCAUGAUCCCCAACCUCCUAUUAGGUCCUAAGGCAUAUAUCAGACAUCUCGCCGACAGUACCAAAGUUAGGAGUAAACUCAUAUGGUAA